AUGCAUCGCACUCGAAACUCCCAGCCAGGAGGUGACCGCCGCAACAACUCCAUGCGGCUGCCAACAGCGGCACAGUCAUCUUCUGGUCCCUCCGCUCCAGCCCCCGGACGCGAGCCUCGCCGCAGCUCGGGCCUGAUACCGACCGCUCCCGAGUUCAUCCCGGCGUCGGUUCGACCCGCCGCGGCCAGCCCCCAGCCGCCGCGUCCUCCUCCAGGACUUGCCCAGCCCGCCACCACCAUUGCCCAACCCGCCGCCACCACCACCCCCGCGCCACCGCCACCCAGCUUCGUCCCGGACGGUGGCCUCGACAGCAUCGUCGAGCGCUGCGCGCAGGUCAUCUACCGGGCGACGCGGCACGUGGACCCGGGCCCGCACGGCACGGGCCCCCUCGCCGAGCCGACGAGCGCCGUCGCCAUCGAGGCGACGCCCGAGGACGCCCUGGUCUCGGAGCUCCAGCGGCUCCUGUGGAGCGACACGCACGGCAGCCCGCCCCCGGCCGAAUGCAACUCGCUGCUGCUGCGCCGGAGCCCGACCAUCCCCGCCGCCGUGCCCAUCCCGCUGUUGAGCCGGUACACGCCCGAGCAGCUCCGGGGCCGGAUGGACGUGCAGCACCGCGGCCGCCAGCCGCAGGUCGGGGUCGUCGACCUGGCGCCCGUCAACCAGCACCGCCCGGGCCAGUACGUGCUGCGCUACGAGCCGGCCACCGGCCGGCUGUGGGCCUGUGUGCCCUGCUCGCCGUUCGCCGAGUCCCGCGACCGGGACGCUUGCGACCACUGCGCCUACCCCCCGCGCCGGGUGCUCGACCCGGAGGCGCUGUGCCGCUACCACAGCUACUACUUCGUGACGGGCGAGUUUCUGUCGCACGCAGAGUACAUCGUGCUCGAUACCCUCGAUCAGGAAGGUUCGGUCCUCAACACCGACGACAUGCUCCGGUUUGUCGAGCGAAUGCGGUGCCAGGUGCAGCACCUCGCGCUGCGCUUCGAGCUCAUGGACGGCAGCGAGCAACUGGGUCCGGGUCCGUUGCCUCAGCACGGUCCCAUCGGCGGUCAUCUUGGUUCCUGGUAG